UUUUUACGUGGUGCCUCUUUACCAGUAGCGUUCAAACCCACAGCUUUCAAGCGGCUAUCGACGUGCGUACUGGCGAUGAUGAUGCAAUGGAGCAGUAUCCAUGGCAAUUUGAUUCACCGCCACUCCCUCCCCCACCUGACCUAGAACAAUCACCACUGGAGGAAGUCGAAGAUUCAGAGGAAGUGAAACGCAAUGUUCAAACCCGACAAUCAACUUAUGACUACGCCGAAGUUCUUCAAAAGUCAAUGUUGUUCUACGAAGCUCAGCGAUCUGGGAAACUACCAGCAAACCAUCGUAUUUCGUGGAGAGGGGACUCUGGCCUCUACGACAAAGGCGAGAAUGACGAAGAUUUGACAGGUGGCUACUACGAUGCCGGUGACCACGUUAAGUUUGGUCUACCGAUGGCAUAUACCAUUACGGUUUUAACUUGGGGGUUAAUACGAUAUGAAGAUGCGUAUAAAGCCGCUGGUGAGCUGGAUAAUAUGUAUGAUGCUGUCAAGUGGGGCACUGACUACUUUAUAAAGGCACACCCAUCGCCAAAUGUGUUCUAUGCGCAGGUUGGCAGUGGUGCCAUUGAUCACAAAUACUGGGUUCGACCAGAAGAUAUGACUAUGCCACGGCCCACAACGAAACUCGACAGCUCAAACUGUGGCAGCGAUAUUGCUGCCGAAACAGCGGCUGCACUGGCAGCGGUUUCCACGGCAUUUAAAAAACGAGACCCGGCCUAUUCAGCAGAAUGUCUGAAGCACGCCGAAGAAUUGUUUACCUUUGCCGACGAAUGUCGUGGACUCUUCAAUGGCAAAUACUAUCAUAGCGACAAAUACGGCGACGAGCUGGCAUGGGCAGCUGCCUGGUUAUACAGGGCAACCAGUACAAAUGCAUGGAAGAACAAAGCAGCACAAUUGUGGAACAAAUACGCCUGUAAUGGAAUACCAUAUUCAUUUGGUUGGUCAACCAAGAAUGUCGGUGUUAGCCUUCUUAUGUUUGAAUUGACUGGAGAAAAAGAAUAUGCUAAGAGGGUAAAACCAUAUGUUAACGCAUGGUUGCCGGAAAACGGUUUUGAUACUACACCUAAAGGUCUAGCCUUCCGUAGCAAAUGGGGCCCUCUGCGUUACGCAGCGGGCACAGCUAUGAUUGCUUUGAUUGCAUCUGAGCUCGGAUUACGAACUCCAAAAUAUAAAGAAUUUGCAACUCAGCAGAUUCACUAUAUGUUAGGGGAUGGAGGUAGAAGUUACGUUGUUGGAUUUGGAGAAAAUUUCCCCAAAAGCCCUCAUCACCGAGCAAGCUCCUGUUCGGACACAAUAUGCGGAAAUGCUGCAUUGAAUUCGGCCGAUCCAAACCCUAACGUGUUGGUCGGAGCAUUGGUUGGUGGACCCGGCGAAUAUGACAAUUACAAUGACAAUAGAAAGGACUAUGUUAAGAAUGAGGUGGCGUGUGACUAUAAUGCUGCUUUCCAGACUGCAGUAGCAGCACUGUUGCAUAUGGAGCUGACGCCGCCCACAUUAUGA